AUGGCCCACGUCUUCAGCGCCCCAGGAAAGGCCCUUUUAGCUGGUGGCUAUUUGGUCAUUGAGCCCCAGUAUGAGGCCUACGUGACGGCUCUUUCGUCGAGAAUGCAUGCUUAUGUCGAACUGAAGGAUCCUUCUGGGUCCCGUAUUUACAUUUCCUCGCCUCAGUUCAACGGCGAAUGGGAGUAUGCUUUGGACCUUUCAGGCGACGCUCCAGCGUUUAAGGAAGUACAAGGAAGAAAGAACCCUUUCCUUGAGGCAACUAUAAAGACUGUGCUCAACUAUCUACAACCCAAGGAGCUGUUUAACGUGAGUAUCACGCUCUUUUCUGAUCCAGGAUACCACACUACAGAGGACACGGCUUCUAAGAGCUCGCAGAAUGGUAGAAAGACGUUCUUGUUCCACCAGAAGCCCAUCGACCAGGUACCAAAGACAGGUAUGGGCUCGUCCGCUGGUUUGGUCUCGGUUGUUACUACCGCUUUGCUUAGCCAGUUCUUGAGACAACCACUCAACCAUACGAGAAAUCUCGUUCAUAACUUAGCCCAGGUCGCUCAUUGCGAAGCUCAGAAGAAGAUAGGCUCUGGGUUUGAUGUGGCCGCUGCUGUUUAUGGGUCUAUCAUUUAUAGAAGGUUUAAGCCUGAUGUGUUUAACCACUUACUCGGAAGAGAACUGUCCCAGCAGCUCUGUGACGAGCUUCGGGAAGUUGUUGAUGCAACCUGGAGCUUCACUCAUACCCAUUGUGCUCUUCCUCGUGGCAUCAAGUUGCUUAUGGGUGAUGUCAAGGCAGGUUCUGAAACACCAAAGCUCGUGUCCAAGGUUCUCGCCUGGAAGGAAAGCGACCCACAGAGUGCUAUUUGGUACGAGCAUCUUAACCAAGGAAACAAAGCAUUUGUCAAGGCAUUGGAGCAGCUCCACACUCUCAGCGAGACUAACAGGGAUUAUGACUCGUUAUUGGCGGACCCUGCGACUCUUGAGCUGCUUAGAAGAGCGAUUGCCCAAAUUAGAAGAGGAUUCCAGGAGGUCACAAAGCGCUCAGGUGCUGAGAUCGAGCCUUCAGAGCAAACGGAAUUGCUCGACAAAUGUAACCUGUUGCCUGGAUGCGUUGGCGGCUUGGUUCCUGGAGCAGGUGGCUAUGAUGCCAUCAGUGUGCUUGUGCUUGAGAAAGAACUCGAAGCCUUCAAGAAGGCAGCAUCCGAGGAUGCCUACUUUGACCGUGUGUCAUGGCUCGAUCUUUCGGAGGAUGCUGCCGGUGUACUUGAGGAGGACCCUAGGAACUACAUUGGAUUAGUAUAA